GUAUAAGUAUGAAGGAGCCGCCUCGCCAUGUUAUCGAGGACAAGCCGAAAACCGCCGUCGACAUCUAAAUCAUAGAAGGUUCCGCGCAAGGUGUUUCGAUCACCAUUAUCUUAAAAACCAAAUCUAAUUUUAUACGUAAAGAUUCGAUUAGUCGAUUAAUCGGCCAGCAGAGCGGCUGGUCGAAGCGUUUUCAGCGUUUUUCCUCACAGAUUAGCAGGCCGAAGCGGCUGCCAUGGAUUUUUAAGGCAUAAUGCGGCACCUCUAAUGCAAUGGCGAUGCAUCAGGCAAAGCAAGAACUGCGAAACUCCAUCUUCGCAACUGCCAAGCAGUUGGGCUCCAGUACCGUCCGCGGUAUACCUGCGAGCCAGCCGGUCCCCCUCCUACUCGACCGGAGGAAGCUAACGCUAGCUAGCUAGUCAUCGAACAUCGACGUAUCGAGUUUCUCAUCGAUUCAUUAAAACACUAUCGAUCAAAUAUGAAGCCUCAAGAUAUCAUCACCGGGAAAGCCAGCCUGUGGAUCUUCGGGUACGGGUCACUGGUGUGGAAACCGGACUUUAAGUACAAGAGGAGCAAAGUCGGUUACAUUCAAGGCUACAAGAGGCGUUUCUGGCACGGGGACAACUUCCACCGCGGGAACGACGAGUUGGUAAGAAGUUUAUUGUUUGUGCUUACUUGAACUCUUGUUGGUUUGGUGUUUUUUUGAGUCGGUACAGCAGCUGUUUGAGCCGCACUAAGGCGUAGUCCAUGACGUGACCUGGUUGUCUUCCUCUCUCUCUCUGCAGCCCGGAAGAGUGGUGACGUUGAUCGAAGAAAAUGACGUAAGUGGAACGCCCGACUUCCUCUUUCCCUUAUAUGCACACGGCGGAAGUAGUGGCCUAGAUCUUUUGAAUUUGAAUAAAUAACAACAUAUAUUUUACUUUAGGAGGAUAAAACAAUAUAUUUGACAAUUUAUUAGUAACAUUAAGUCAAUUUAACUUCAAUGUUUCUUAAUGUUGGUAUGGUCUGAACACCUUUCACUCAAGUAUGCCAUGGCUGUGUCUGAAAUGGUUCCCUUAACCCUAUAUAGGCGACUAUAUGGGGGUUAGCGCCAUUUUCCCGUAGAACAUUGCAAAAUGUAGUGACCGAAAUAAUAUACUGAAGAACAAACACUUGACAUACAUGAUACAUUAAAGUAGUUUUCUUUGAUUUGUAACUACGCAAUGUCCAAAGGGAGGGAAAAAAUGCAACAAGAUAACUGAAACUAGGCAUUCACAGGGGAGUGAACCAAAAUAUGGCAGAUUUUUAGUGAGUAAAAAUGACCAGCUGAGUAAAAUAUUUCUUAUCAGCAUAUGAAUUCCCUUGUAAAUCACUACUCUGUGAUAGUUUUACAUAGCCAUUGGGCUAAAUUAAGAUAGCAUGCAAAUUCCAGGACCACUCUUACUGCAGCUAUCAGAUCCACCCAAACCUAAUUUACCCUCUAUCACUAUUGCAGGGUGAAAAUCACCUGAACACGUUUUGGAUCAGGGAAACAAAUAUGCCUUCAAAGAUGUUAAAGGCAAUGCUGAAGCUACCCAGAGACCCAUGAUACUCAAACGCAACAUAAUGAAAACCACCCGGCGAUGGUGUUCUAGGGUUAAAAUAGUUCAGCAUACAAGUUUUAGCAACACAAAAGAAAACAAAAUGGUCACCGCCCAUGUGCUCUCAUCCAACCUUGAGAAACUUGAGAUGUUUCACUCUCUGCACGUUGUCUAAACUUGCCUUCCUUCUCUUUUAGGCGAGCACCUGGGGCAUUGCCUUCGAGGUGACAGGCUCCCAAGUGGAGGAGGCCCUGAAGUACCUCAACGUGCGUGAGGCGGUCCGUGGCGGCUACAGCACCAAGAUGGUGGAAUUCUUCCCAGAUGGGGAGAAGGAGCACCCAGUCCAGGCAAUGCUGUACAUCGCCACCUCCGACAACCCCCUCUACCUGGGGCCUGCCAGUCCAGAGGAGAUCGGCAUGCAGAUCGCUGUGAGCCGAGGGAAGACGGGCCACAACCUGGAGUAUCUGCUCCGGCUUGCUGAGUUCAUGAGGAACAGCUGCCCACAUGUAGAAGACCACCACCUAUUCUCCAUCGAGGCGGCGGCGCUCACCGUGGUGUCCUGCCUUCUUGCAGCCCAGUAGCUCGUACCCUGUGUCAAGAGCUUGAUAGUAGAUGACACAUCACAUGCACAAACAUACACAACACCGAGGCUUUCCAUCCUUCAUGCCAACCCAUCACUUUCUGUUGUAAACUUUAUCUUCACACUAACAUCCAGUGUACUUGAAACCAUUAAAUUCAACUGAAACAUUAACAAAAGGGAAGCAUGACUGUGUUUGUUUGUUACUGAAGCAUGGGAUCAUGUUUAUCUACACGUUUGUGUACAUCGGUUAUAAAUGUACGACUAAUUUAUGACUGUAAACUUGUGCCAGUCUGUUUUCUGUUAAGACAAAACUUUUUAUUGCACAGUUGAAUUUCCAUCGCACUCCUGUAAGGCGGUAAUUGAAGUGAGUGUGUCCUGAGUGUCGAACAAAAAAACAGCUGCUGUAAGGUUUGUGUUUGUUUUGAGUAAAAACCUGUUUUCUGUAGUUGCUCGGGGCAACUUUCCUCAUCCAAUGUAAUGAGAAAAUCCAAUAAAAAAAGAGAAAAACAAAGCAUUGUUGUUGGUUUUUUUU